GAGUUAAAUUCUUGGCGGGGGGGGGGGGGUAACGCCACGCCCCUACAGGAAGGAAGGCUGUGUGUGUGUUUAGGAAUAAAUUUAGAAGGGAGGAGGCGACGGGGUGGGCUCCCGGACUGAGAAAUUGGAACAUUGGGGCUGUUGCUGGCAGGACUUGGGCCUCUGACAUUCCAGGAGAGUGCUCUCGGGAGUGGCCCCAGGAAGGAGUUUGACAGAUUGGGAAUUACGUCUCUGGCAGUUUGGGAAGCAGAGUGGGAGGUGAGAGUGAGGGGAAGGGAGCAAAGGAUGCCUGUGAAAGGUGCCAGCAUCUAGGUCUGGAAUGGAUUUAGUUGAGUCGGGGAGAGCUGACCAACACCCUAAGAAGCUUGGGAAAUGUAGGGCGAUUAGUGUGUGGCACUAAUAAGAGGAGAACAGGAGGAGGAUGUUCCUUUCUGUAUUUCUUAGAAGACAGUCUCCACUCACCAUCAGUGCUUUUGGUUACUUUUCUUAGCGAGAAUGGGUGCUAUCCUUCCUUUAUCCUGAGCCAUAUAUAUGUGUACAGAUUGAUGAGGUGACUGUUUUGGGGUGCAGUAUGUGAGUGAAGUAGGUACUUUGUAUAAUCUUUGGAGUGUUUAAGGAAGAGUUUUUGAUGAUAAAGCAGAGUAAAGGAAUCUAAUUUAGGUAAGGAGUUUUAAGAAUCCAUUUGGGUGAUAGAUUAGAGAGUGUCAUAAUGUUUAAAUGUUCCGUAGAUUGAUACAGAAAUCAGCCUCCUGGGCCAUGCAGGUUCUAAGGCCUGUUUCUUCUCAUGAGCCCCAGCAGAAGACGGAUGGACCAUUCCUCACAGUGGAUGACUUCCCUUCCCUGAGCAGGAGAUGGGAUAGUGCCUGGGAUCUGCCCAUCGUCAGACUCUGGGCUUAAUAAGCCAGCUGAAUGAAGGGAUGUAACAGACCCUUGGGAGGGACACUGAAGCCUGCAGUGGGGGGGGAGGGGCCUGGACAUACCCCUUCCCCCCCAGACUCCUCCCCCUCAGAGUCCACUCAGCCAUGGACUUUGGACCCGGAUAAGAGGAAAGAAGCUGUACUUUGUUUGGUGUAUCCGAUUUGGAAUUCUCAGUUUCAGAAAUGGAGUUCUGGAUGGACGUUUGAUGGUCUCCAGGGGAGCAGCUGAGAGAAGAGAAGAAAGGUGCAUGGCUGCUGCCUAAUCCCAAAACCUAGAGAAACAUCCCUAGGACUGUGGGGAGUGAGCCAGGCAAGCCGAGGGCAGCCUCAGCCCCAUCCUUGCCUGCCUCCCCUGUGGGGGCCAGGAUGCUGAAGAAGCAGUCUGCAGGGCUUGUGCUGUGGGGUGCCAUCCUCUUUGUGGCCUGGAAUGCCUUGUUGCUCCUCUUCUUCUGGAUGCGCCCAUCGCCCAGCAGGCUGCCCUCAGAUGGCACUCUCGAUGAUGACCCCACUGGACUUACUCGCAAGGUGAUCCACCUGGCACAGGAUGUUGAGGUGGAGCUGGAGCGGCAGCGGGGGCUGUUGCAACAGAUCAGGGAGCACCAUGCUCGGUGGAGCCAGUGGUGGAGGGUACCCACUGUGCCUCCACCUGUCCCGCCACACGUGUCUGUGACCUCACUGCCAGCUGUGAUCCCCAUCCUGGUUAUUGCCUGUGACCGCAGCACUGUCCGGCGUUGCCUGGACAAGCUACUGCACUAUCGACCCUCAGCGGAGCACUUCCCCAUCAUUGUCAGCCAGGACUGUGGACACGAGGAGACAGCCCAGGUCAUCGCCUCCUAUGGCAGUGCAGUCACUCACAUCCGGCAGCCCGACCUGAGCAACAUUGCCGUACCACCCGACCACCGCAAGUUCCAGGGCUACUACAAGAUCGCAAGGCACUACCGCUGGGCCCUGGGCCAGGUCUUCCACAGAUUCAAGUUCCCCGCGGCUGUAGUGGUGGAGGAUGAUCUAGAGGUGGCGCCAGACUUCUUUGAGUACUUCCAGGCCACGUACCCACUGCUGAGGGCUGACCCCUCCCUCUGGUGUGUGUCUGCCUGGAAUGACAAUGGCAAGGAGCAGAUGGUAGACUCCAGCAAGCCUGAGCUGCUCUACCGCACAGACUUUUUCCCUGGCCUGGGCUGGCUGCUGUUAGCUGAGCUCUGGGCUGAGCUGGAGCCCAAGUGGCCCAAGGCCUUCUGGGAUGACUGGAUGCGCCGGCCUGAGCAGCGGCAGGGCCGGGCCUGCGUGCGGCCUGAAAUCUCCAGAACGAUGACCUUUGGCCGCAUAGGUGUGAGCCACGGGCAGUUCUUUGACCAGCACCUCAAGUUCAUCAAGCUGAACCAGCACUUUGUGCCCUUCACCCAGCUAGACCUGUCCUACCUGCGGCAGGAGGCCUACGACAAGGACUUCCUUGCCCGUGUCUAUGGCGCUCCUCUGCUGCAGGUGGAGAAAGUGAGGACCGGUGAGCGGAGUGAGCUGGGGGAGGUGCGGGUCCAGUACACUGGCAGGGACAGCUUCAAGGCCUUUGCCAAGGCCCUGGGAGUCAUGGACGACCUCAAGUCCGGCGUCCCGAGGGCCGGCUACCGGGGCAUUGUCAGCUUCCUGUUCCGGGGACGCCGAGUUCACCUGGCCCCCCCGCAGACCUGGGAGGGCUAUGAUCCUAGCUGGAAUUAGCAGCACCUGCCUUUCCCUCCUGGGCCUCUUUGCUGUGUCAUGGACUGAGGCAGGACUGCAGUCCCUGGCUGCAUCGUCCUCACUGUGUUUCUCUCUUGGGUCCAUUUAUCUUCUUUAUUUUUUUUUUCUUUUUUCGAAUGGCAUUCGAGUGCACAGAUGAUAAGGUGAGAGUUAUUCUCCCGUUUUCAAGGGGGUCAAAUCAGGGGAACCUUUCUGAGGUAUGACUGGAGGUAUUAAGCUUGUAGCGUCCAGGUUCCAGGUUUUCUUCUAGGACAUCUCCAGGGAGGUUGUCAACUUAAGCUCUCUUGACCAGGCCUCUUUUUCCUAUCCUGGCUCUUCCAGCCAGGGUAUGAGCCCUCUUCCUGUACCUGACCCCUUCCCCUAGUUGGAGGGGGGCUGGGUUAUAUGAGAAGGGGACGUAUUUCUGGCCAAAAUGACACUAACCAAAGGAGUUUCAUCAUCAGGGUCCGGGUGGAGCUGUUAGGUUGUCAGGGUUUACUGCCUUCCUCCUGUUUCUCUUCUUCCCCCCUCCUUAUUCCCGACUCCUCUUAGCUCUUUUUUCCCUGCAUUCUAGCAAUUCGUGAUUCUAAGAUGAAAAGUUGAAGGGAAGAAGCAAGACCUCUCCUCAGCUCAUCCCCGGCAGGGGGACGAAAGCCUUGGUGUGCUGGGGCACACCUCCCUCAUCCUGCCACAAAGAAACAGACUUUGUCUCUGGGUUUCAUCCUUUCUAAAACCGAUCCCUUCCCUGUCACUCUAGGAGGGUUCGUGCUGGCCUGGGGGAAGAGACAUUAGCUCCUUGUUCCCCUUUUCCCCAGGGGUUUGGUGCACAGGCUCCUCCCUGAGGCCCGUGGCUUCUGGUAGCCCUGUCAGUGUGAGGUAGAACAGUCAAGACAGGAUGGCCCUGGCCUCCCUCCCCUCUCCCCCAAGCAUUCCCAUGUCCGCUCAGAUGAGGAUGCAGGUGGCAGGUUGGAGAGCAAUGUGUGUUUUUUUUCUUUUCUUGCCUGACCUCAGUUCAUGGGAGAAAGUUGAAGCUACAGAAUUAUUUUCAAAAAUAAAGGCUGAAUUAUCUGAAAAACA